UUCCCCGCCCUUUCUCUUCCCGGUUUCCCAGUCAGCCUGCGGUCCGGUUCUGCGGCUGCUUCCGGUGGGACCGCCGAGCGGGGCGAGUCGGUCUCUGCGCCUCGCCAUGUCCUACGGUCCCUUAGACAUGUAUCGGAACCCGGGGCCCUCGGGGCCCCCGCUUCGGGACUUCAGCAGCAUCAUCCAGACGUGCAGCGGCAAUAUUCAGCGGAUCAGCCAAGCCACUGUUCAGCUAAAGAAUUUGAUGAGCCAACUAGAAACUAAGCAGGACUCCGCCAAGCUACAGGAAAAUCUGCAGCAGUUGCAACACUCUACAAAUCAGCUUGCCAAGGAAACAAAUGAAUUACUGAAGGAAUUAGGGUCCUUGCCACUCCCCUUAUCUACUUCAGAACAGCGCCAGCAGAGACUUCAAAAGGAACGCCUCAUGAAUGACUUCUCUGCAGCCUUAAACAAUUUCCAGGCUGUGCAGAGAAAGGUGUCUGAAAAGGAAAAGGAGAGUAUUGCCAGAGCAAGAGCUGGAUCUCGACUUUCUGCAGAAGAGAGGCAAAGAGAGGAGCAGCUCGUCUCAUUUGACAGCCAUGAGGAGUGGAACCAGAUGCAAAGCCAGGAGGAUGAGGUGGCCAUCACCGAGCAGGAUCUGGAACUCAUUAAGGAGAGGGAAACGGCGAUUCGGCAGCUGGAGGCUGACAUUUUGGAUGUCAAUCAGAUAUUUAAAGAUUUGGCUAUGAUGAUCCAUGACCAGGGUGAUCUGAUUGAUAGCAUAGAAGCCAAUGUGGAAAGCUCAGAGGUGCAUGUGGAAAGAGCCACUGAUCAGUUACAGCGAGCGGCUUACUAUCAGAGAAAAUCUCGCAAGAAGAUCUGUAUCCUGGUGCUUGUCCUGACAGUGAUUGCUGCUAUCUUCGGACUUAUUAUGUGGCUAGUUUAUGGAAAGUGAUUGCCUCAGAGCUUUCUCCCACGGAACUGUUUUCAAGGGCAAAUGCUUGCUGGAGUCUGCCAGAACAAACAGAUCUCAGAAGAGCAUACAUCAGAAUGUCCUGUCAUAAUUUAGUUAGAAACUAACUACUAACCAGUCCUUGGAAUCAGUGACCUAUGGAGACAGCAUUUAUCAAUUUAUGUAUACAUUUUAUUGAUUUCUCAAAUUAGGAACUAAUUUAUGUAGAUUUUGCUUUCUCUUCUAUUCUUAUUUACCCUUCAUCCCAUGUAUUUACUGAAAUUCCAUUCUAGAUAUUCUUGUUUUAACAGGGACACUACAGUCUUGUAAAUUUCUUUUUAUGUGUAUACAAGAUUUACCUUUUUACUAGCAACUGACAUAGAAUUACUUUUUCGCACCCAGCAUAUUGGAAUCUGUCAGAAACUGUAUAAUAAGCUGGCAAUUUUUAUUAUUUAACAUUUUAAUUUGUAAGAAGCCUAUUCUCUGUCUGCUUUGAAGAUUUUGGCAAUGUAUUUAACUAGAAGGUAAAAGUUGCACAUGUGAUCCAUGAGAAGUAUGGAUUUGA